AUGGAUGGAGCGGGGGGUUUUGAGGGUGGUAUUGGUAUUAGUAGUAAAGUUGGAGUUGGAGAGGGAAGUGGUGAUGUGGAUGGAAAACGCGACGAUGGGGGUGGAGGUAGAGUACAGAGAGGUGAUGCAAGUGCAAGUGGAAAUGGAAAGGGAAAGGGAAAGGGAAAAGCAAAAGGAAGUGUGAGGUUUGCGGAUGAUGCUUAG